AUGGCAUCGCAUGAGGCUCAGCCCCCAACAGGAAUUGUAGAUGCACGCACCGAGACUCAGGUCGAGUCUUCAUCGGCCAGAUCAUUUCCUGCCGAGGAGCAGCCGUUAUUACAGCUCGAUCCAAGUCCUCCCACGUGGAGCCCACCCCGGGGGUUCUUCUGGAUCCAAGUUGCGAUUAUGUCCAAUGUAUUUCUCGGUGGCUUCGAUGGGACAAUCACAGCGUCGACAUAUGCCAUAAUCAGUUCUGAAUUCAAUGCUGCCAACACUGCUUCGUGGUUGACCACAUCCUACUUGAUCACCAGCACUGCCUUCCAGCCGCUGUACGGCCGUUUCUCAGAUUUGCUCGGUCGUCGCGGCUGUUUCUUCACAGCGACUCUUGCCUUUAUGAGUGGCUGCUUAGGCUGUGCUGUGGCCCGGGAUGUAGUCUUCCUCAAUAUCAUGCGCGCGCUAACUGGCAUCGGAGGCGGAGGUUUGAUGACCAUGGCAACCAUUAUCAACUCUGACCUUAUCCCCUUCCGCCAGCGUGGCAUGUACCAGGCGAUUCAGAAUGUCUCCAACGGCUUCGGUGCUAUCUGCGGUGCCUCAUUCGGCGGGUCGAUCGUAGACUCAAUCGGAUGGCGCUGGUGUUUCCUGCUGCAGGUCCCGGUCUCUCUGCUAGCUCUUGUGAUGGGUUAUUUUGUUCUGCAAUUCCCAGCAGACGACCACGAGCAGUCGCCGGAUGAACCGUCUCAGGGCAUUUGGCAUCGCAUUGAUCUUUUGGGUGCUUGUCUUCUGAUUCUGGCGCUGUCCAGCCAGCUAGUUGGUUUGAGUCUGGGUGGGAAUGAGCUGCCUUGGUCGAGUCCCUGGGUGAUUUCGCCUUUGGUCGCCAGUGUGGUCUUCCUAGCAGCCUUCAUCGCCGUUGAGGCAAACACCUCUGCUGCUCCUUUGAUUCCCCUGAAGAUGCUCCGUGGUGUUCUUCCUGUGUCGACGCAAAUUGCCAAUGUCUGUGUGGGAAUGACUGCGUACGCAUACCUCUUUACUCUUCCGCUUCUGUUUCAGGUCAUUCUGCUCGACACGCCUAGCAAAGCGGGAGCUCGUCUGGCAAUCCCAUGCUUGGCCACUCCCCUGGGUGGCCUCAUCUCCGGCAUCGUCAUGUCGCGUUGGGGCAAGCUCGCCUAUCUUGUGCGGACGGGUGCUGCGCUGAUGUGUAUUGGGAAUUUUCUGGUUAUGCUCCUGCAAUUCAACGAUACCGAAUGGAAGUACUUUGCCUACGUGAUCCCUGCCAACCUCGGGCAAGGGAUCGUCUACCCGGGUAUUCUGUUCACGUUCCUCGCAGCGUUCGAUCAUGCCGACCAUGCAGUGUCCGCCUCGAUCGUCUAUCUCAUCCGCUCGCUCGGAACCGUUUGGGGCGUUGCCGUCACUUCUACCAUCGUGCAGAACACUUUGAGCUCGGGCCUCGCAGAGGCCUUGAGUGGAAUACCAGACAAAUGGAAAGUCAUCGAUGAGAUUCGGCACUCCGUCUCCGCGAUCCAUGAUCUGUCCCCAGAUGUGCAGAUGGCCGCACGAUUGGUGUACUAUCGGGGCAUCCGAUUGUCGUUCGCGGCCUCCACGUCAUUUGGCUUCGUCGCAACGGUUGCCGCAUUUUUCACUCGCGGAAAGGGGCUGGAACGAGGACAUUAA